CACAUCUUUAGCGUCAAAAAAGAAAUGUCACCGGGGGGAUGACAGGCAUAUUUUUGUUGACUUGUUUCAGUAGGAUCGGUCUUUCAGUUUAACACGAAAAACAAUCAAGUUUCACACGUAAAAAUGAGCGACCAGGAGGAAAAAGUUCAACAGUUCACUCUAAUUACUGGAGCGAAUCCAGACAGGGCAAAAUUCUACCUGGAUUCAGCUGCCUGGGAUGUUGAGGUUGCAAUGGCUCGGUACUACGAGAACGAUGGAGACGAUGUCGAUCUGGUGGAGGAUUCGUCGGUUGCAGCCCCUGCGGCGCCUGGUCUAGUUAUAGCUCCCAAAAAGCCAAAACCGAAAAAAUCAUCUAACUUUGCCACUAUAAACACGCUAACAUCUUCCAGCGAUGAGGAGGAAGAGGGACAGGCCUAUUAUGCUGGAGGCUCAGAACAUAGUGGGCAACAAGUCUUGGGGCCACCUAAAAAGAAGGACAUUGUCGCUGAUAUGUUUAAAUCUGUCCAAGAGCAUGGAGUAGAGAUAUUAGAACAGGGCUCCAGUACUUCUAGCCAACAUUUCAGAGGCACAGGUUACAAGCUAGGGCAAGACAACGACAGCUCUGAGGUCAUACCGGGCCCUCAAGAACCGACUGCGCCUCAAGAGGUCACAUUAAGAUUGUGGCAAAAUGGGUUCAGCGUGAACGAUGGAGGACUGCGACUAUACACGGAUGCUGCAAAUAGCGAUUUCCUAUCAAGCAUUAGAAGAGGAGAAAUUCCCAAAGAACUCAGACAGGGAAGGGCUGAGAUUCAUUUAGCUAUGGAAGAUCAUCGUACUGAGCAGUAUAAGCCAGUAAAGGGACACUCCAAGCCUUUCCAAGGACAGGGAUAUACUUUGGGGAGUCCUGCACCUGACAUUAUUGGGGCACGCACUGAUGAGGAUAAACCCGCGAAUGAGGCUCGGGCCAAAGAAGCGCUGAAACUUAGUUCCUCUGAACCAACCACCAGCAUACAAAUUCGUUUGGCUGAUGGGUCAAGAUUAGUAGGCAACUUCAACCAUGGACAUACAGUGGCUCAAGUAAGACAAUACAUUACAACGGCCAGACCGCAAUAUGAAACCCAGACAUUCAAUUUGCUGUCCACUUACCCUUCGAAGGUUUUAGAUGAAUCUCUGACUCUAAAAGAUGCCGGUUUGUUGAACUCGGCUAUUAUGCAAAAAUUGAUAUAGGAAAAUCGUAGGUUUAUUGCAAAUAGCUGUUUGUUUAUUUGUAAUCCCCGUAACCGCCGUCGAAUUAUCAGUAAAUAAUGUCGAUGAUC